AUGUAUACAAAAAUGGUCCGAGUCUUCUGGGGAUGUUUCCUCCUAUGGAAUCUCAACAUCGCAUCUUCUCAGGCCAUUUACCCUGGAAUCAAGGCAAGGAUUACUCAGCGGGCACUGGAUUAUGGUGUUCAAGCUGGAAUGGAAACAGUUGAGCAAAUGAUAAUGGAAAAGAGCAUCCCAGAUUUAAAAGGUUCUGAAUCUCUUGAAUUUCUGAAGAUUGAUUAUAUAAACUACAACUUUUCAAACAUAAAAAUCAAGGCCUUUUCCUUCCCAAAUACCUCACUAUCCUUUGUGCCAGGAGUGGGGAUCAAAGUGUUCACUAAUCACGGAACUGCCAACAUCAGCACGGACUGGGACGUCAGGUCUCCGCUUUUCCAAGAUACAGGAGGAGCUGACCUGUUUCUCUCUGGGGCCUUCUUCACCGGUGUCCUCAUUCUGUCCCGAAACAACUUUGGUCACCCAACACUGAUGCUCCAGGACUGCCGCGCUCAAGUGAGCCACGCCCACGUGUCCUUUUCUGGAGAACUCAGUGUCCUGUAUAACUCCUUUGCUGAGCCCAUGGAGAAACCCAUUUUAAGGAACUUAAAUGAAAUGCUCUGCCCUAUGGUCAUCAAUGAGGUUGAAGAGCUAAAUGCUAAUCUCAGCGCGCUGGAGGUUCUAACCAAGAUUAACAACCAUACUGUACUGGAUUAUUCCCUUAUUGAUUUUCCAGAAAUUACUGAGGACUACAUUGACCUAAAUUUCAAGGGCACCUUCUACCCACUGGAGAACCUGGCUGACCCCCCAUUCUCUGCAGAACCCUUCAUGCUCCCUGAGCGAAGUGACUCGAUGCUCUACGUUGGGAUCUCUGAGUAUUUCUUUAAAUCUGCAUCCUUUGCUCACUUUACAGCUGGAGCCUUCAACGUCACUCUCUCCACAAAAGAGAUUUCCAAUCAUUUGGUUAAAAACUCCCAAGGCGUUGGAGUCGUGCUUUCCCGGAUUGCAGAGAUCUAUAUCUCAUCCCAGCCCUUCAUGAUCCGCAUCAUGGCAACAGAGCCUCCUAGGAUCAAUUUACAGCCCGGGAACUUCACCCUGGACAUCCCUGCCUCCAUCAUGAUGCUCACCCAGACUGAGAACUCAACAACAGAAAGCAUUGUUUCCAUGGACUUUGUGGCUAGUACCAGUGUCGGCCUGGUCAUUUUGGGACAAAGACUGGUCUGCUCUUUAUCGCUGAACAGAUUUCGCCUCUCCUUGCCAGAAUCCAAUCGUGGUAACAUUGAGGUCUUGAGGUUUGAGAAUAUUCUGUCUUCUAUUCUUCACUUUGGAGUGCUCCCACUGGCCAAUGCACGAUUGCAGCAAGGAUUUCCUCUACCCAACCCAUAUAAUAUCUCAUACGCCAAUUCAGACAUUGAAGUUCUGGAGGGUUUCCUUUUAAUUUCCACUGACCUGAAGUAUGAACAAAAGUCAAAGCAGAAGCCAAGUGGUCACAGCUGGGGAAAUAACCUGAACUUAUUAAAUGAAUUCUGGAAUAGGAAGCCAGCCCCUUGA